AUGAUACUGUACCUCUUUCUGCUUCUUUGGUUGGCUCCAUCAUGGAGCUAUGGAGUCAGCUUCGACCCCUUCACAGAUAAAACAGAAAUCACCCAUCACGGUGGCCCAAUCCUCACCAGAGAGGUGAAUCUAAUGCUCAUUUUUUACGGAGAUGACCAUGACGAUGAUCAGAAGAAUCUGAUUAGGAAUUUCAUCAAAUCGUUGAACGAAGAUAGGAAAGCCACCAGUGAUAAAGGUGUGCCUCAGGUUUCCACUUGGUGGAAAGUGGUUGAAGCCUACCAAGCCGCGGUUCCCGGAGCGAAUGCCGGAAAACCACCUGAGAUCAAGGUCAUUGCGGACAAACAGAAGAUUACCAGUCCUAAAUAUGGGAAAGUCUUGACCGAUCAAGAAAUUAUUCCCAAUCUCAUCAAAGACGUCACUCAUGGAGAUAAUAAGGUCAUCCCCGUCAUCGUAGCCGCGAAGGAUGUAACCGUCCAAGGACUCUGCACCGGAAAAUGUGCUGAUAAAGGCGUUGUUGAGGGACAUGCAUACAUCGUGGUGGGAAAUCCCGAAACGGAAUGCCCCGGAGCAUGCGGAUGGCCUUUCCAGGAGGCUGACAGUGGGCCAAAGGGGCCGAUCCUAAAACCACCUAAUGGCAAUAUGCCAGGCGAUGCAAUGGUGGUAGCCUUCGCCGGAGCAUUGGUUGAUACAAUACUCAGCCCUCAAAAUACUGGCUUUUUCGGUGGAAAUGAGUUUGAACCGUACGGACCCGCAACGGUUUGCAGAGGCAUUUUCGGUGAAGGUGCCUCCCCUGGAAACCCCGGUAAAGUCCUUACCGAUCCAAAAACCGGUGGAAAUUACAACGCUGUUGGAAAUGAUGGGAAUAAAUUCUUGGUUCCGGCGAUUUGGAAUCCUAAAACUAAAUCCUGUUGGACUCCCAUGAUGAAAGGAGGCCCUUAUGACUGAUGGAAAAAGGCAGUACGAUUACUUAUUCAAA